AUGCACUCCCAGGUACCAUUCUUCAUUGAAGGCUUGCGUAUCCCGUCUUCCAUCCAGAUCAAUAAUGCAGUCUCCACGGCGCCACCAAAUCUCAUCACUGUCUAUCAAGGUAGCUCAGAUUUCCAGGAUGCAGCACGAUCGCUGGCAGAUGCAGAUGAAUGCCGACUUCAUUGCUACAAGGGCGUCUAUUACAAUAUACCAGUGCGAAUCAAGCGAAAGCAAUUCUUUUAUAUUGUUCGUGGUUCUCACAUUGGCGUCGUAGCAGGCUGGGAAGACGCAUUGAACUGUGUUCUGGGCGUUCAAAAUGCUGAAUAUCAUGAAGUUGAAUCCAUCGCAAUUGGGGAGAGGCUGCUUCGGGAGGCUAUUGAUCAGGGCAAAGUGGAGAUGGUGGAACCCUGGGCACUAUUUUAG